AGAAACAGUUGGCGAAUUGAGCAAGUAUAUGGAUCAAAAUCAAGCCUGUCUACUCAUUUACAGUUACAUGACCAAACUGAGAACCAGCUUCAAAGAAGAAUACAAGAGAUUAUGUUCAAUUGCUGCUCAAGUCGCUCCACUGUUGGUUACCUCACAUUCUACAUCCUCAACGGUUGCUUCUGCUUCUGUGGUAACAAGUGCACAACCGUGUGAGUUGCAAGAUGCGCUUACGGCUAGAGACUUUAUUGGUAUCUUAGCAGGUAAAAUCCAACAGAGCGAGGAAUCAGUUGCACCCCUGGAAACUUUCUUUAAAUGCUUAGACGGUUUCUCUAGUUCAGAGGAAACCCUUGAGAAAUUGAGCCAGUAUAUGGAUCAUCGUCAAGCUACUGAACUAUAUGAGAGUACUAUGAUGAAGAUGAAAAAGGAGGUGAGAGCAGAUUAUCAGAGUUUAUGUCAACUUAAAUGUGAUCGUGAAAGAAGUGUACAGCAGCAGCCUAAGUUGGAAGAUGCUUUUACUCUGGCAGAGUUCCUUGAGACCUUAGCACGCGACAACCAACUGAAAAGGAACACAACUGCAUACGAGGAAGUCUUGCUGAAAUGCUUCCAGCAUUACUCAGCUUCGGAGAAAAUGGCUGAUGAACUGAAACAGAAGAAUCUGGAUGCAACUGAAGCUAAUCUACUUUAUCAUCAAAUUCUGAGAAAAAUGAACAUAAAGGUAAGAGUAGAGUAUCAUAAAUUAGUUGUUGCAUCUGCACACAACGAAGGCCUCCAGGAGGAUUCACAGAAUGAGACAGUGCCUCCAUUGCUUCCUGAUAGUAAUUUGGAAGAUGCUGAAAGUGCUCUGCAGUUCCUUCAAAUACUUACAUUUCAAAUCCAACAGAACAAGGAACAAACAACAAUCCAGGAAGUCUUGCUGAAACACUUCAAGCGUUACUCAACUUUGGACGAAACUACUCAAGAAUUGCAAACGUAUUACAAUAUGGAUGAAAUUGAAGCUACCAGACUCUAUCAUAAGAUCAUGGAGAAAAUGAAAAGCGAGGGUGAAGGUAUUAGCCAAUUCGUUGAGGAGUUUGCUCCUCUGUUGAAGUUAGACGAGAAGCAACUAGUUCGUUAAAGGAACAUGCUGCACCAAAGCCUGAGGGUCUGUACAAAUCCAUUAUUAUCAGGUCAUACAUACUACACUCUUUAGAUGUUAAAAAAUGCACACUCAAAUGAGUAUAGAAAAAAGUAUCUCAGGCAUUAGAUAUGAAAACUUCAUUCAUCUUAUCUAAAUUAGACUGAACUCUGUAUCCAAAACCCCACAAAAAUGAAGAAGAUUUAUGACAAAAUGAAUCAACUAAUACUUUUGAGUAAA